CUAACUUAGGGUAUCAAAAUGUUUUAUCGCUUGACUCUAUGGCUUGUGGGUUUGAGAUCAAAGGUUUGUGGAAGUGGAUCACGGAAUCAAAUAGCUUAGGAAUAUAAACCAUGGAAGCUACUACACAAACUGGAUCUUACAGACCUUCGGCAAGCCUUAUACUGGCUGCCAGAGAGGAUUCUUUAAAGGAUUACGACUACAGAUUACUAUUGAUAAAACGAACUGAGGGCACUUCUUAUGCAUUGAAUCACUGCGUUUUUCCUGGAGGCGUCUUCGAUCCCAAAGAGGAUGAAUCUCCGAAAUGGAUAACUUAUUUUAAGUCCUUUGGGGUAACCGAUGAACAACUAAGAUUGCUCAGUCACAAGCAGAAUACUCCCAGGCCUGAAUUUAUAUGUGGCGAAGAGCACUUUUCGAGAGACAUCGCACUGCGACUGACUGCGCUGAGAGAAACCUUCGAGGAGGUGGGCAUCCUGAUCUGCACUAGUCAAACUAACUUCAAAGAGUGGGAUUCGAAAUCAGCUCAACCUCGUACAUUGCUCCUCGAGCCAAAGGAGCGCACUGAGUGGCAGCAUCGUGUUCACAAUGAUGCUUCCCAGUUUCUGGAACUCUGCAGGCAUCUUAAUGUUAUUCCCAACCUCUGGUCUCUUUACGAAUGGUCCAUUUGGAGGACUGCAGCCACGGCCAAUCGGAAAUAUGACACUGUAUACUAUUUCACUGCGCUGGAUGAACGGACCCAGGAUAUUAGUCUGCUGCUGGAACCGCACGAGGUGGCCUCUGCCCAUUGGAUGAGCCCGGCGGAGGCGUGGUCAAGCUCACAGGCCGGCACCAUUUGGCUACCAUUUAUGCUGCUGUACGACAUCGCUCGUCUGAUGAACUUGCAUAGCUGGCAGGAGUUUCUCAACUUUGCCCGCCAACGGAGUUCCCGAGGAGACACGAUGGUGCAGCCCGUCUACUAUCGCUGCGAUGACUGCAUGUUUGGAGUGCUUCCUGGAGACGAACUCUAUCCCAAAGAACCCGGCACUUGUACACAAACCAUCAUCUUGCCGGGAUCGGUAAACGAAAUUAAUCGAAAAGCUAAACAGUACAAUCGCUACAUAGUCUUCGAUUUCCACAAGGUCUUGCUGGCCUCCAACGUCCCGCCCUGCGAUGGUCAUUUGCCACUGGAGCCACUCGUUAAUAACAAGCUAGCAAAGUUGUAGUAAAAAGUAUAUGUUUUUGAGUGUAAAUAUAUAUUUUUUGUUGUCUACAA